CUAGAGUGUCAAUCAAAACACUCUGAAACCUUUGCUUAACUCAAACGUCAAACCGUUCAACGAAGUAGCAGUAAUUUUCGAGUUCUGUUUAAGACCGUGUCUGCAAGUCCUAAUAAAAAUAUAUUGGAAAAAUACUAAAAAUGCCUGAAGCACCGGCUCGGAAUCCUUUGGAUAGAUUCUUAAAUGCUGUCGAUUCCGUCAUCGAUGGACCAGUAACCUGGUUCCGAGAAACGGUUGUUGAACCAAACCGCAAAAACUACGCAUGGUACCACCAAAAGUUCCGUCGUGUUCCAACCAUUGACCAGUGCUAUACCGAUGAUGCGGUCUGUUUCUUUGAGGCUAAUAUGCAGUUCAAGCGAGACAAAAUGGUCGACAACGAAAUUCUGAACAUCCUGCGUCUACGCUUUGAAGACUGCGUUUUGUAUGAGCAGCCGGAUCACAUGAAAAAAUGCCGCCCGUUUAUGGACGUGUACGAGAAAGCUGCCGAAAAUUGGUUUAUCAAAUACGGUGACCUUGGAGGUUAUGCCAACGCUAGGACCUGCUACAUGAAGCAAAAGCAUCGUAUGAUCUGGGAAAGACGCCACGGUCCGGUCGGUUCCGGAAUGAAGGAUUCGGAUGACACUAACGUAGAGCACUGAAAUUUCAUUGCUCAAGAUUGGGGAAAGACUCAGUGCUCAGUGGGGAUCCUCGUUGCUUAGAAAUAGUAGAGCCUGGUGGUAAAAUCGUUUUGAAAUUCUGUAAAUAUAAGAAAAAACGAA